CUAGGUGUCAGUCAAAUAUGGCUGCUCAAUAGCACGUCUUCCAUCAUAUCCAUUAAUUGGAUAAUUAAUCCAUAAAAACGUGCUAGUUUGCCUUAAAGAAUGCGACCAUCCAACAGCACAUAUUGCACAUAUAGUUUACCAACACGUUCAAUGUCACAGAUGCGUCGAAUUAUUAGAUGGAAUUCUGGUACUAGAAUAUUGUCAAUAUUAUCUGGCUGAAAUGCAAGUGAAAAAGUAUGGUAGCAUUUAUGCAAUACUAUAGGCUAUGGACACACACAUUUAAAUAUAAUCAUCCCACGGUAUUCAACACGUUGUUUGCAUUCUUGAGGCGAAGUUGAUGUGACAUAUUCAAAAGUGCACCCACAGAUCUAGAUGUACAACCCCACCGAGGAAAUCUACAGGAAUGUUCAUAGGCGCACUACAACUACCGCAAGGAGUAAACUGCGCCGCACACAAAAACAGCAUUGGAUUGUGGCUAUGGUGGAGGUGCAGCUGGAGCCAGAUCAUGUGUAUCCCCCAGGGCUGCUGAUAGCCUUCAGCGCCUGCACCACUGUCCUAGUGGCAGUGCACCUCUUCGCCCUGAUGAUCAGCACCUGUAUCCUGCCAAACCUGGAGGCCGUCAGCAACGUUCACAACUUGAACUCGGUCAACGAGUCACCCCAUGAGCGCAUGCACCGCCACAUUGAGCUGGCCUGGGCCUUCUCCACUGUUAUUGGUACCCUGCUCUUCCUGACCGAGGUGGUUCUGCUGUGCUGGGUCAAGUUCCUGCCCCUCAGGCGCCCAACUGAUAAUGGCACCAUCAGUUCUGGUGAGGCGGCAGCCAUUGCCUCCACCUCCAUCAUGGUGCCAUUUGGAUUGGUGUUUAUCGUCUUCGCUGUCCACUUCUACCGCUCUCUGGUCAGUCACAAAACUGACCGUCAGUUUCAGGAGCUGGAGGAGCUGUCCAAUAUCACCCGGCUGCAGAACCAGCUGGACCACAGGGCAGAGACGACCAGUCUGCAGCCCUCCUCUGUCCACUUCCCCUAACGGGAAUUAGACAGCUGUAAGAAAUCUAUAAUGAAGCUUUUUAAAAAAAAAUCUAUUUGCAUGAGCACCAUGAGAAAGGAUACUUUAUAUAGUAAUAUAUCAUUUCUACAGAUGUUUUGUAUUGGGAUUUGGACUGCUCUUGGCCUUUUCUAUUUGAUAAAAUGGUUGUGGAGAGGUCAGGAGAAUUUGCUUUGUAUUGUUCAUUCGAUUGGACUCAAGCAACUUUCUUUUUUUUUAUUACUUUGCUGCAUGUCUAUUGUCUUCCUUAUGUGUUCAGAAACAGAUCUGAAUGUGAGUGUGAAAUUUGUAGUUGAAUAUUUUUGGAUAUCUUCAUUAAAUAGAUGAUAUUUGUAUUUAUAUCACAAAGUUUUGUCUAUGGCGGCUGGGGAACACUAAAAGUGUGGGAUGAACAUUUUGUGAAGUAGCUAGAAUUAUUAAUUUACAAAUGAUAACCGGCCAAUUUCCAUGAAAGUAAAACUCCUCAGGAGAGUAUAACAUGUGUUAACUGCUGUAAUAGUUAUGGUGCAAGCGAAGUGCAGAAUUCAGAUAUUUUUUAGUCAGGUGACCUUAAUCUGUCCAUCAAGGUUGGAAUAUUUAUAUUUCAACUUUUUAAACUCAACAUUAUUGAUAAUUAAAGAUAUGCUCUGAUGGUUUUUUGAUAAGUUAAUGCAUUUUAAGUACACUCCUCAUACUGUUGUUACAUGAUAGGUGAACUCUUAUACUGUGGUUGUGAAAAUGCUGAAAUAUUGUCAUCAACAUAAUGUACUUCGUUUUAACAAUACUGUAAAGCACUGAUCGUUUUGCAUUUAUGUGAAGUCACAAGUAGCUACUUCUAAAUUCAUUUAAAUGGAGGCAAAACUCCAGAUCUUUAUCAUCAACCUUUGAAUGCGAUCCAAGUGCACAUAUUACUUUAAUAAAAUAAUGGCAUGAUUA